AUGGCCUCGUUCUGGGGUUCCAGGAAGCGCAAUGCAGAUGCCGCGGAGUCAAAUGAAGCUCGCGAUGGAGAGCAUCAGUACGGGGACCCGACGGAGCGCACGAGGCUCCUCCCUUCCGAUAAUAAUCAAGGCCCUUUGAGCCCAGAUGAUCCCGCAGUAUCGCCUCUAAAUCUCCUCAGUGUGCGCGUGCUCCGUUCAAUCGCCCUAUGUUUUCUAGGAGGCACGUUCAUCUGCUGGACCAUCCUCCUGGUUUCGAUCUUCGUAACCCCACCGUUGAUGCAUUCUCGGGGCUCGGGAUUCUUUGCUUUCGCAUUUACAACCCUGGCCAUGGGCUACUUGGCGCUUGGACUGUUGUUCUUUGCCGUCCCAUCUAAAUCUAUCCCGAUAUGGGGAGGGAUCCUGGCUUUCUUUCUGGUGGUGGAUAUGCUGCUGAUCGUCGUGGUCCCUCGCAUUCGUCAGGAAGAAGGAUGGGUGGGAAUUAUUUCUGUCGUCUGGGCAAUUGUGGUUUCCAUAUACCAAAUCAUCCAAAACCGAGCGGUGGCCACGGGCAAACGGGAAGAAGAGGAACGACUGACGGGCCGCGAAGAAACCCGUCGAUCGCUACGAGAAUGGCUGGCGGUGACGGUGGAAACGGUAGCAUUGGUGGUCAUGGCCCUCGCUGCCAUUCUGAUCAUGGCGACCCUGAGCAUUCGCAUCCGCGAUGCGACGCUUGAGCCUCGAGGAACUCGAUACUCCGUACACGGGGAAUCUUACCAAGUCCAUCUUGCUUGUGUAGGCAACCGGACUGCCGAAAAUGCUGAUGAGCCCACGAUUCUGCUCGAAGGGGGAUACGGCCCUGUUGAGCAUACCUUGCAGCCGUUCAUGGAGGACGCGUACCGCAGUGGAAUCAUCAGUCGAUAUUGCUACUUCGAUCGACCGGGGAUAGGAUUUUCGGAUAAUGCUCCCUCACCUCACUCGGCAGGAAUGACCGCCGACGCGCUCUCGGAAGCCUUGGCUUUGGCUGAUGAAACAGGGCCCUGGGUUGUGGUCUCUGCUGGGAUCGGGAGUAUCUACUCCCGGCUCUUCGCGAGCCGGCAUUUACUCGAGGUAAGCGGCAUCUUCAUGAUUGACCCGCUGCACGAGGCCUACCUGAACAAGGUGGGGAGCUCCAGCCAUGGAUUCGUGCUGUGGCUUCGCGGGGUCAUUUCUCCACUGGGGUUGGACCGGUUAGCAGGGGCUAUUCUGCGUGGACGCACUCGAGAAGAUCGGAUCGUGGGACGAUCGGCAUAUCAGUCCGACAAGUUCAUCAAAGCGAAGCUCCAGGAGAACUUGGUCGCCGUUACCAUGACGGCAGCCGAGGUCCAGUCUGCUCGCAACGUCCAGAUGGGUGAGACUCCGCUCAUGGUUAUCAGCUCCGGGCGUGAAAUCCAGAAGAGCGCAGAAUGGGGUCAACGGCAAGAAGACCUGUCUCAUAUCACGAACAAACUCUUGUCUUGGGAUAUAGUCCACGAUGCGCCCCAUGAAGUGUGGACGGUGACUGCUGGCCGGCAGCUGCUGGAGCAACGGCUGAGGGAGAUGGUGAAAGCCAGCCACGCACAUCGUUCCCAGAAGUAA